AGUGGGGUGUUAACAUUUUUCCUUUUCAUGUUUGAUGUUUCUACCAUGAAUCAUCAAGGACGUCACUAUUUCAUACGGCUUGACACGUCAGAGAAGAUUAUUUCUUGUCGCGACACUUUGUGCUACUUGGCGUUGUUUUUAUUUUCGUCUUUGUUUAAUCGGAAAAAAAGAUCCAGUGAAAAUUUAAUAAAACAUUAAAUUAGUAUAUUCCGCUUCGAUUCCUGUUUGGAGAAUGAUACCUAAAACGUGCAUCAACUUAAGUGACCAGCAUUCAAUAGCUUUACCCACGAUUGGUCUUGGCACGUACUCAAUACUUGGCGCCGAUGGCAAGGAAGCGAUCAGAACAGCAAUCGACGUGGGCUACCGUAUGUUCGAUACGGCUGUUGCGUAUGGAAAUGAAACGAUCGUUGGUGAAGCAAUACGCGAAAAAAUACGUGAAUGUAACAAUCUGACCCGAGAUGAUUUUUUUAUCAUCUCGAAACUUUCGGGAUCGUAUCAUCGCAUGGAUCUGGUUGAAAAGUGUUGCCGAAUGACCUUGGAUCGUUUGGGUAUGGAUUAUGUAGAUCUUUACCUGAUGCACACACCUGUUGCCUUGCAGUCUGAAGAGAAAUGUACGAGAAAUGGAACGAAAUCAAAUGCCAUCGACGAUAGUAUUGCUCCUACAGAAGCGUCGUUAGGAUUGGAGCAAUGUUACCAAGAAGGACUAUGCCGUUCAAUAGGUGUAUCUAAUUUUAACGAGCAUCAAAUAAAUGCUCUACUCUCAGAUGCAUCUAUAGUUCCAGCGGUGAAUCAGAUUGAAUGCUCGAUCGGGUUCAAUCAAAGGCUGAUGCGCAAAUUUUGUCAACAGCAAAACAUUCUAGUGAUGGGCUAUACACCUUUAGGAAAGCAGAAAUUACCAUUCCUACAGAAUAAUCGUUUAAAAGAAAUUGCCCUUUCUGUUGAUAAAACUACGGCGCAAGUUAGUUUGAGAUAUCUGAUAGAUGAAGGUGUUGUACCGAUCGUAAAAUCAACUGAUCGUAAACGGCAGCAAGAAAAUUUGGACAUUUUUGAUUUCAUGCUCACCAAACAACAGCUGGAAGAAUUAGAUGCCAUCGGAGGGGACCAGCGUGCAUGCAAAAUGGGUUUUUUAGCAGGAGCUAAGCAUUUUCCUUUUACAGACUAUUAAAUUUUCUUACUACUGUUGUUGUAAUUUCAUACGGCUUUGGCCGCUUGGAUCCGUUCUACUCUCUGUUUAAAUGCAUUGGGUCGCAACAUCUGUAUCACUAGAUAUGUUUAGCAGUGAGGAUGGAAGAGUGUUUAUAAUCUGUUUCUCAUCGUACCAAGAGUUGUAGAACAAUGAAACGGGAAUGAUCGUAGACAGUAAGGUAAACAUCAUCCAAAAGAAACUAUAUAAAAUUUCUAACAGAAUGUCCAUAGAAAAUUAAAACACAUACUGCUGAAAUACGUUCUAUUGCCUGGUCGUGUUUGAAUUGAGGAAUAAAGGUGAAUGAUUUGUUUA